AUGACAACUUCAUCUGAUUCAACUCGCAAGGGUCUGACCAAAAUCGCCACAAAUCGACUGCAGAAAGAGUUCAUGGAGUGGCAGACCAAUCCUCCUUUUGGUUUCAAGCACAGAGUCUCUGAUAAUCUCCAACGAUGGAUCAUUGAAGUGAAUGGAGCUCCAGGAACUCUUUAUGCCAAUGAAACUUACCAACUUCUCGUUGAUUUUCCUGAGCAUUACCCUAUGGAAGCUCCACAGGUUAUCUUCCAGCAUCCAGCUCCACUCCAUCCUCACAUUUACAGCAACGGUCACAUUUGUUUGGAUGUUUUGUAUGAUUCAUGGUCACCGGCAAUGAGGCUAAGUUCAAUCUGUCUCAGCAUUCUCUCAAUGCUCUCCAGCUCAUCUGUCAAGCAAAAGCCGAAAGACAACGACCAUUACUUGAAAAACUGCAAAAAUGGAAGAUCUCCUAAAGAAACUAGGUGGAGGUUCCACGACGACAAAGUAUAA